GUGAUUGUGUAGACGCUUACCCGUUGAAGCUAUUUAUUGUUAUAAAUUACCGUAACUAUUUGUAACCCAAAUUUGAGAAUUUGGCCAUCAAAGACUUUCCUUGUGUUUGGAGGCAGGCAGUUAUUUGCUGGAUUCGGAGAUAAAAGGAUACAAUGCCGACUCAGUAUUUUUAGAAUAUCUACCUCAUCCAUCUUGCGCUGUUGUGCUUCACUACCAAAUAUCUUCAACGUUCACACCGACCCCGACGACUAUUGUUUGAUUAUCGGCACUUCUCUCCCAUAAACUCUACUGGAUCUUGCAUCGCCAUCGCAUUCGUAGCGCCCGAGAAUCUACUUAUUUCGCCACAGGUUUUCGCUAUCAAGGGCUCGCCAGCUCGAAGGCGGGCCUUGACUUCUACCCCUCACGAUGUUCCGAUUCAUUAAACCCCGGUUGGCGAGUACAUGGGCAACGAACGUACGGGCGAGAUCGGGACCUGGCAGUUUUGUUGCGAAUCCAUCCUCUAUGCGCAGCAAUGUUCAGAGAUACGCAGGAACAGCAUCAAAUCCACAUGUGGUUCGCUUCAGGAAACCGCCUGUUAGAAUGAGAAAAGUCGCCAUCAGUUUUAUAGUGGUAUAUGCUUGCUUUGAAGUUUACACCAGGCUAGUUCUCGGCCCCUUAGACAAGGCUGCUGAGGAGGCAUCGAAACACAUACCGGAGGAGGAAUGGCAAGAGGCCGAACCACCAUUAUUUAUACCAUUCCCUGGCACCACGAAACAGCUGCCUACUGUUCCUUACAGAGGAACUGAUCCAGAAUUCCAAGAGUUCAUCAAGAUUAGCCAGGAUACAAAGCUUAUGAAUAAACUUAGGGUUGACUUGACGGAAAUUAUGCGGGAUUUUGCUUGUAAAAGUCCGAUCGUGGUACAAAUUGCUGGAAAGAAUCUAAAAAGCAGAAGGAUUUGGCUCGACAUUGACUUUCCUUCAAUUCCUCCGCCGUCAUUUGAAAGAUCAGGGAUCGAAAUUUCUGAUGAUGCAAUAUCAUGGGUCACACAACCCGUCGAUGCCCGAAUAGUAUACAAAAUACGCAGUGUUUUAUGGCCAACAGCCCUUUUCCAAUCUUCAUGGAGUUUUAUACAAGUCCUGGCCGCAGAAGAAUUCAAGAGCAUAGCAGAAAUAUUUGGCGUGGAAGUUCAAACGAGUCCUGCUCAACAAUCAUUGGAGCAGAUGCUAGCUCGGUCACAAAGAAUGAUGAAGGAGUUGAAAGGACAACAAAAGGUACCAGGGGGUGUUCAAGGACCAUUAGAUGCAAAGGACGAGCCAUCACAACAGCAUCUGGAUGACAAAAGUAAAGAAAUUAGGGACAUUACAAGACCCGGGAAAUCAACCGUGAUAGAGGAGAUUUUUCCUGCACUUGUAAACAGCAUCAGGGAAAUUCAUGCAGGUUUUGAAAAGCCCAUCAUAGCCGCCAAAUUAAAGUACGCCGAGGCCAACAGGAAGUUGCGACCAACCCAAAACCUUCAUCCGAGGGGUUCUAUCAUGGUGUCUGGAUUUGUCGAACUGGAAUCUGAUAGAGCUUUCCUGGUCUUCGAUGUCAUUGCGGCUUGGGAUCCUAAAAAGAAGGAUUUUGACACUGAAAGCAUGCAACUCAAAUUGAGAAGAAUGCAAAGGAAAAAACAAAGACCUAUUGGAUUACCACGCAGCCCAGUCAGCUGAUAGUACUGUACUUAGUGGAUAUCGGGUUCUGUUUUGAGGCGUUCAUAGUGGGCAUCAAGAUACGCAUGGAUAUUGUGAUAAGGCGUUUGGGUGAGUGGAACAAUAGAGUCCCAUACUCUACUAACGGAGUUGGAUUUUUAUGAGUGUUUCACCUUGGACUAGUCUAGAAAGGCAAGGUUUGGGGUAAGGAAGCGAUGUUCAGGGGUGGAUGAAAGUAUUUAAUGUACUGCACCCAUUUGAUUAAUUAGCAAAAUAGCGAGUCAAAGUAGAAUUGAUAUGCCCUUUGUUGCAAUUCUUCUCUAAAUCUUCAUUCAUAUACAUGCGCA